AUGUCCAUCACAAAUGGCCAGCCUGGCUGGCCGCCUCCCGCGACCGCCGCGGUGAACGGCAACAAGAUGUUUUCCAACGUUGACGAUGCACCGGCGCGCACCCAGACGCCUGUCGAUAACACCUCGGCGUUGAUGCCUGAGGCAUCAGAUAUUGAGGAGGACAACCGUCGCGCCCUCUUCUCAGAGCUGUUUCGCAAGUCCGAAUCGCGGGUCGCAUUGCUCUUUGCGGACGACGGCAGCUACAACUACCCCGCGAUAGAGUCCCUCCGCCGCCACCCGACCCUCCCUGCCGCCCUCCCGCCGGCCACCGACCACACUCCGAUUCAGGAGCCCCCCCUCAAGAAGGCGAAGCGCGUCAUCGACGAGGAUGACUACGGCGACGACGACGAAGACGACGAAGAAGAAGAAGAAGCUCAAGCAUCUCCUUCCAAGUCGAAGGAUGCGCAAGGCAGCCAACCCCAACAACUACUGUCCCCAUCCAAGUCCGGGAGCUCCCCGGUCCACUCGGUCUCCUCCCCGGGCAAGCAAGCCGCCAAGUCAAAGGAGGAUGGCGCACAAGACCAGGCCAAGUCCUCCGAAGACACGCGCAAGGAGCUCGAGGAAGCCCGCAAUGCAACCGAAGAGGCUGCCAAGCGCAGCUUCCACACCCUCAUCUACACCCUGGAGAACGACAAGACGGCCAUGCUCGAGCAACAGCAGCUCGAGGAGUCGGAGAAGCAAUUGCAAGCAGAGAUGGAAAAGAACAACUCCAAUUCUGCUAGCAACGGCCAAGCGGAGAAUCACGGUUCCCUGAGCAAUGCCAACCUCGGUGCUUCCAGCCUGACUCUGAAGCAUCUUAUUGCGCGCAUUGACCUCAAGCGCAGCCAGGUCAAAGCCUCGGAUGCCGAACUGCGGUCUCUGAUGAACGAGGUCCGCAAGAACCGGAGCAAGUGGGCUAGCGAAGAGAAUGUUGGCCAAGAAGAGCUGUACGAGGCGCUCGAGAAGGUUCUUAGCGAGCUUAAGGCGCAUACCGAGUACUCGACUCCGUUCCUCCAGAGAGUGAACAAGCGGGACGCUCCGGACUACCACGUUCUCAUCAAAACCCCCAUGGACCUCGGCACAAUGACCAAGAAGCUCAAGACCCUGUCGUACAAGUCCAAAGCCGACUUUGUCGCGGAUCUUAAUCUGAUCUGGGACAACUGCCUGAAAUACAACCAAGAAAUGACACAUCCGCUUCGCCGUAUGGCCAACGGCAUGCGGAAAGAAGCGGAGAAGCUCAUUCCUUUGAUUCCCGACCUGGUAAUCAGGCCUCGCGCAGAGGUCGAGGCUGAGGAGCGGAGGAAACAGAACGGCGGAGACGAUGAUGGCGGCGAUGACAGCGAUGACGAGCCGAUAAUGUCGUCUCGAGGCAGGAAGGCUGGCGCCAAAGGAGCCACCAAGUCAAGAAAGGCCCCCAGUGAUAACAAGGAGAGCACCCCGAGCAUCGACCAAAAGCCUGUCCUUCAACUCAACGGUCUUCUUGCAAAGGGCAGGGAAGGCUCGGAGGUGGGCGAGGGGAGUAACGGCUUCGCGACGCCGCCCGUAGCUGGGUCCAUUACCCCUAGCGGCCUCAAUGGCAUCUCCGGUAUUGCAAGCAAUGCGGAUGCCAUGGACAUCGACGGGCCGUCUCUCGACGGGAUGGCGUUAGGCCAAGCUUUGGGGGAAGCUGCGGAGCAGGCCCAUGAGAGCGAAGAGUACAAGAUUUGGAAGCAGGUUACGAAAAAGGACCGGGCGUUGGUUGCCAAGGAGCGCUUCCAGCUCUUCAAGAGCAACAAACUCAAUGUCGACGAGCCUGCGCUCUUGAGAACAAAGGCAGGCAUGAGGCGCUUUCUGAAAGGCCAGAAGCAAGCCGAGGCCAGUGGUGUCUUCAGCGCCAGCCAGGCAGACUCCUCUGUCAUCGCUGCCAAGGAAGCUGCCAAGAUGGCCGAGACCCUCGCAGAAGGCAUGGAGGAUGAGGUCGAGAAAGUCAUCCCUGGCUACUACGAACCCCAGUCUCUUAUUCCAGACAUACCGACCAAGCUGCAGUGGAUUGAGGAUGGCGAGGGCCACGUCAUCAACCAGCACGAGGAGUUCCUUAAGCUGGUGCCUGAAGGGCACUUCACUGCUCCCCCCAGCAAGUUCGCGAAAAAGAUCGAGGCAAACAUGCGCCAGAUGCAAGAAACGCGCAAGUUGUGUUCAAAGAUCGGCGUCAUCAAGCAGAUGCAGAUUCAGACACAGGUCUACACGAAUCAAUUUGCCAAGUACAACCCGGAGCCUUUUCUGGAGCAGGAUGUCGAACGGCAUUUCAUCUCUGGAGACGGUCCCAUCAUGGCAGGCGAAGUGUGCCGGUCUGCGAUGCAGCGAUCGGUCGCCAAGAUCUUUUAUCACGCUGGUUUCGAGGAACUCCAGCCCUCUGCUUUGGACACAAUCACCGACAUCGCAGGCGAUUACUUUACCAAGCUGGUACGCACCUUCAAUAUCUAUCGCGAGGCGGAAAGGAAAGAUGCCACUGGCGUAUACAAGGAACACGGCUCCCAGCUUCAACCCCGGUUCACGCCCGAAGAAGUCAUCCUUCACACUCUGAGCGAAAACGGGCACGAUGUAGAAUCCUUGGAGAGCUACGCCAAGGACGACAUUGACAGACUCAGCAGCAAGCUGGGCGCGAUCCACGAACGCAUGAAGUCGCAUCUGGCAGAGCUGCUUCGCCCGGCCUUGACCGAUGCCGGUCCCGACGGUGCUGGGGCUUUCAAGGACGGCAGUGAGCAGUUUGUGGGAGGCGACUUUGCCGAAGAGCUCGGCGAAGACUUCUUUGGCUUCAAGGCCCUCGGCCUCGACAAGGAGAUGGGUCUCGACAUGCUUUCCGUGCCGCUACACCUGCUGCAGAGCCGCGUCAGGAACCAGUUCCAGAUGCAGUCGCAGACCAGCGGCCCCGCGAUCGAGGACAUCCUUGAGGCCCUGCCGCCGGCCGAGCCCGUCACCAAGGAGAACAUCCAGGACGAGAUCGGCCUUGUCAAGAACUUCUUCCUGGCCAAACUGCACGCUAACGGCGAUCAGCCGCUGGUCGAAGACGAGGACCUGCCCGUCAAGCAGAGGCGGCCUCGGCCAAGGCUCGGCGCCACCGGCAAGAUCGUCUCGCCGCAGAAGCGGCCUCCCAAGGAGCAGAUCGCCCUCGCCAAGAAGAGGAAGAAGCUCGAGAUGCAAGCGGCGGCCGCUGCUGCCGCCGGCAAGGACGCUGCCGCCGGCGCCAACAACAGCCCCGAGAAGCCUUCGCCGGCCAAGAGGCUCAAGAGCAUCUCCCUGGCCAACGGCACGGGGGGGCCCAGCGCGGUGCCGGCGCUGCCCGGGGCGCCGGUCAUGGAGCGGAUGGAGAGCAUGCAGAGCAUGGGCAACGCCAGCCAGACCGACAAGGACGACACCGUUGGCAUGAUGAGCCCCGAGAGCCUGCAACCAUAG